UAGGCAGAAAUGUUUGACGCGCCAACAGAGACAAGAUGAGGUACAAGAACGCCAUUGUGUACACUGCUGUGCUGGUACUACUUAUACUAGCGCCAGUUUUCUGUGACGAAGACGACAGUGACGAAAGCAGAUCACAUGAAGACUCUGACAGUGACGAGAGCUUCAGUUCGCCUGAAGAACCCGACAGCCGCGGCGGCAGUUCGGAAGAAAAUCGCCCGGGGGCGCUGUUGAUCUGGGCGGAACAGAAGAUCGGCUCCGGCGGCCCGUGGUUCUACGGUCCGACCGUCAUCUCCUCGUACCUGCGGUCCCUCCCGGCGGGGGCGGCAGGAGCGGACACGGACCCCACCGAGCUUCUCACUCUCACACCGCCCAGGUCCAUCCGAGUGGUGACGGGAAACCACAACCAGAGCGUGGUGCUGUGGAGCGAAGUGGCCCAGAACAUCGCCAAGACCACCAUGGAAGAGACCGGUCGCCUGACGUCCCCCACUCGAGUGUUCCUGACGGGAACGUCCGGGCGUGUGGGUGGGCUGGCGGUAGACUGGCUCUCCGGGAACAUCUACUGGUCCGACGCCUCGUACAACAGCAUCCUGGUGGCCACGGCUGACGGGAACAGGCGGAAGGUAUUGGUGCAGACUGGCGCGUUCAGCUCACCGUCUGGACUUGCUGUGCAUCCUGUGAGAGGACUGGUGUUCUGGGCUUCCCAAGGCUACCCGGGAAUAGGCAGCAAAAUCGAACGGACCAGCAUGACCGGACAGGACCGGACGUCUCUGGCACACCGGGGGCUGGUGGACCCAAGGGGACUGGCCAUAGACUACGUAGAUGACAGACUGUACUGGGCAGACUGUGUGACUGGGAAGAUCGAGUCUGUGACGCUGGAGGGAGGAGACAGGACAGUACUUCUCUCUCUACCUGGAACCAGCAUCAAGGGGCUGGCCAUGUACCAGGAUUACCUGUACUACACAGACUGGGCAGGCCGUAAGGUCCACUGUGUGGAGAAGUCCAACGGCAGGGAAGUCUUCGCUGUAAUCGCCAGGACCAGCACAAAUCCUGUUGGGAUCACCGUCUACAACAGCACAGACCAGAUCGCACCUGCCAACAGAGUGUCCUGUAUCCAAGGAAACCACAACUGCACCCACCUGUGCCUGACUACCUCCACUGGGUACCAGUGUACCUGUGCCGACGGUUACGAACUUCAGCAGGACAACCGCACCUGUAGACCAGUUGAGAAGCCAGGAGACUGCCCAGACCAGAGGACCCUGUGGCCGAUAUGUAGUGACCAGUGCCAGACGGACGGGCACUGCUCGCAUGACCGGAAGUGCUGCUUCAACGGCUGUGGCCACACCUGUGCUGAACCAGAUAUUGACCCAUGCAGCAGUGCCCAGAACCCGUGUGUGUCUGAGGCUCGCUGUGAGGACCACUUCUGGCUGGGGGCCGUGUGCAUCUGUCCUGAGGGACAGGAGGGGGACGGACGGACACAGGGGACAGGAUGCCAAGAACCCCGCUGCCCAUCCCUGACAUCCUGCACAAAGUUCUGCCCACUUGGCUUCAGACUGGAUGAUGAGGGCUGUCCCAUUUGUGAGUGCAGGGGAAGCGACAAGCCAGGCCAGUGCCCUGCAGAAGACGACGAUGAUGAUGACUCGGGACCCUGUUGGUGUCACUGCACCUCCGACCAUCAUUGCCAUGGCAACAAAAAGUGCUGCCGUGUGGGCUGUAGUCUGCAGUGCGUUGACCCCGAGACGGACAGCAGCAGUGAGGAUGUCUGCUCGUGUGUUGCCAUGGCAACCUGUGGUGACGACGGCUGUCGGUGUGAGCCUGGUUACUUUGGUGACGGGACGCAGGAUGGUACUGGAUGUACAGAUAUUGAUGAGUGUGCUGAUGACCCGUUACUAUGUGAUGAUAAUGCCAUCUGCACCAACACAAACGGGUCAUACCAUUGCACCUGCAGGGACGGGUUUGUGGGCAGUGGAGUCACCUGUGCAGAUGUUGAUGAGUGUUUAGCAGGGUCUGCAGACUGCCAUGACCACGCCCACUGUCAUAACGAGCCUGGGUCUUUCUACUGCACAUGUGCAGCUGGAUAUGAGGGGGAUGGCAGGAUGUGUGAAGAUACUGACGGCUGUCUGGAGGGAAUCUGUGUGCUGGAGGCUGCCUGUACCGACGUGCCUGCCCCAGGGGUGGGGGCUGUGUGCACCUGUCCCCCGGGGAUGGAAGGGGACGGCAAGCUGGACGGAACGGCUUGUACUGAUAUGGAUGGGUGUGGCACAGAGAACGGCCCCUGUGUGGACGAGGCCUGGUGUGAGGAUGUGCCUGCCCCUGGGGUGGGGGCGGUGUGUCACUGCCCCCCUGGGUCAGGGGGGGACGGCAGGAGGGAGGGGACAGGAUGUUCAGGUACGUAG